AUGGUGAAAAUGCGGAUAUCGAUACGGGAGCAGCUGGGCGCAUUGGUGUUAUUGACUUCACUUGUCGCCCUUGCUGUUAUUUCCGUUGCAACAUGGGUGACGAACUACAACUUCGUUUUGGAUAUCAGAGCCUCGCGCUUAAGUCUGGCUGCCUCAUUAAAGGCCGCACAGCUUGCUUCCAACCUCUUGCUGAUGCAGUCGUCUGCCCGCGCUGCAACUUCGAGGGUUCUUAUACAAAAAGCGCUGUAUGCAUAUAACAACGGCAAUGAGACCUUCCGAGCAAACACAAACUGGACCCAAUCUACCAACGACCUGGCAGCUGCCUUCUCUGGGGGACAGUCAACCAAUCUUCUGCUCCAAGCCCAGAUUUGGCCCAAGACUUAUACUGGCCCAGCCGCCAACGCCUCAGUUAUACAAGCUACCGGAUCUGAAGUUACCGGCAACAUCCCUUUGCCUCUCUGGUAUGACAAUGGAACCAGGGCGAAUUUAGGUGAAGAAGGACUUGGAUACCCCCCGAAUCUCUAUCCAAACAUGACGUUCUCCAGUGUUGCACUCAACGAUACUUUCAGUGAGGUCGUAGCCAAUUACGAUGGCACGACCCUCACUGAAACUGGGACACUCCUUCUCGGCCCUUGGGAAAUAAAUUCGACAUUUUCCUUGUUGUCUUUGACCAUGCCCGUGAUCAACAACACUUCUGCUGUUGACAUUCUUGGGUGGAUCACUGUAGUCAUGGACGCUAAAUUGGUCUACGACGUCCUUCAAGGGACUGAAGGACUGGAUAACUCUGGAAUUACUCUGCUCCUUGGUCCUGGAAACACAACCAAUCGUUUUGCUUCUGGGGCACUGUCUACAGGCAGUGAUGAAUCCAUCAGAUUUGUGUUGCCGCCAAACAACACCAUGGGACGACACUCCAAACACGCGUAUGGCCAAUCACAGGAACCAUUCAGUUGGAGCGAUUUUCCCGUUGUGAAACGGGGUUACACUGUCUUCUCAAACGCAACCAACAAUGCCGGUAGUGUCAUCUCCACUCGGAACGAGGAAAACAAGAAGGUAGCUGCUGGAUACGCCAGGCCGAAAACCACUCUUUGUGAUUGGCUCGUCCUGGUCGAACAGUCCCAUUCUGAAGUGUGGGCACCAAUCGACCACCUUCGAAACGUUCUUCUCGCCUGUGUUUUCGGAACUGCUGGAGCUUUGUUGCUUGUGGUCUUUCCUCUUGCACACCUUUCCAGUCGCCCUAUCCGCAGGCUGAGGGAUGCGACCCGGCGAUCGGUAUCGCCUACUGGCUAUCUACCUGAUGAUUCGAGUAUCGAUUCCGGUCUUUAUGAAGAUGAGCUCGCGGCUGCUAUGGCUCGUAAAGAAGGAUUUUUCGGGAAGAUAACGGGCUGGCGCCGUGGCAGAAGGCGUAGCAAUCUUGAACGCAGGGAAGCUGAGAGGCGCCAUCAAUUUCGCAUACCCAGAAAAGUCAAGGAUCGGAAGCAUCUCAUACACGACGAACUGACGGAUUUGACAACAACAUUCAAUGAGAUGACGGAUGAGCUGAUGAUGCAGUACGAAAAACUUGAAGAAAGAGUGAGACAGCGUACAGCUGAGCUUGAAGAGGCCAUGAAGGCUGCAGAAGCUGCAAACGAAAGCAAAACCCUCUUCAUUGCGAACAUCUCGCAUGAGCUGAAGACACCACUCAACGGUAUCCUUGGAAUGUGUGCUGUGUGCAUGUCUGAAGACGACCCCGUCAAAAUCAAACGGUCACUUGGCAUAAUCUACAAAAGUGGUGAUCUACUUUUGAACCUCUUAACCGACCUCCUUACUUUCAGCAAGAACCAAGUGGGUCAUCAACAGCUCUCGCUUGAUGAGAAAGAAUUCAGGUUGCGUGACAUCAGCACACAGGUGCUUGCAAUCUUCGACAAACAGGCGAAAGAAAGUGGUAUCAGCUUGCGUGUCCGUUUCGAAGGACCAAGUGAAAUCAGUGCAGAUGAUCCAGGUGCGGGGAUCGAAAAGGGCCUCGCACCUUUCGGUAUCGGUCGCGUGAAAGAUAUGAUCUUGUGGGGAGAUCAGCAUCGGAUAUUGCAGGUUGUUAUUAACCUGGUAUCCAACAGCCUAAAGUUCACACCACAAGGAGGAUCUGUCGUAUGCGUAAUCCGGUGUAUUGGUGAGGGUACAACUCCUUUUCAGGGAAGUCGUAAAAGUUCCCUACAGUCCCGUCAGAACUCGGGUCGGAAUUCCAGAAAUCGCAGCAGGAUGGACUCCACGUCAAGCUCUGCGAUAACUCCAAGGAACACAAAUACCGCAAACCAGAUCAACGUCCUCCACGAGAAACCAUUCACCUAUUCGCAAAACUUAGAUAAUGAGCGCGCGCCUUCACCGCCCCCCGGACGUUUCCUGGCCUUCGAGUUUGAAGUGGAGGACACUGGUCCAGGAAUACCGGAUCAUUUGCAGCAAAGGAUAUUCGAGCCUUUUGUCCAGGGAGACUUGGGAUUGAGCAAGAAAUUUGGCGGAACUGGACUUGGUCUUGCCAUCUGCCAGCAACUUUCCCAACUGAUGAAAGGCUCCAUCAGCUUGAGAAGCACGGUUGGACAAGGGAGUGCGUUUACAAUGGCAAUACCCCUCAGACACAUAACGAACCGAGCGGACAGUACUGCUUCGAGUAUGAUGAAUGUUGUCGAUGGCAGUCGCAGAAGCAGCUUGUCAAUUGACUCCCCAUUGACUCCGUCACGGACGGCGGAUGACAUCGCGGCCACUAGAUCUAUACAUUCGUCUCACAGCAACAACAACAACAACAACAACAGCAACAACGGCCCUGUUUCCUUCGAAUCCGACUCUCAACCGCGUUUAGUAGGCCUCAGACAACCGUUCUUCGCAUCAACAACACCGCUAGAUUCUCCGGCAGCUCAAGGCGCAGCCAUGGACCGCAUGGCUGCUCAAGCAGCGAAUAAGAAGAGUGAUAAGAUCAAGGUUCUCGUUGCGGAGGACAACAAAGUAAACCAGGAAGUUGUUCUGAGGAUGCUCAAACUUGAGGAUAUUUACGAUGUUUCCAUUGCCAAAGACGGACAAGAGGCCUACGACAAAGUCAAAGAAAGCAUGGAGAAUCACAAUCCGUACAAUUUGAUCUUCAUGGAUGUUCAGAUGCCAAACCUCGACGGACUACAGUCUACGCGUCUUAUCCGCCAAGCCGGCUACUCCGCUCCUAUUGUCGCCUUGACUGCCUAUGCAGAGGAGAACAACGUUAAGGAAUGUUACGACUCUGGCAUGGAUUAUUUCCUCUCAAAGCCUAUCCGCCGACCGGCCUUGAAACACGUCCUCAAAACUUACUGCCCGACAAUUGUUGAGGAGCCUGAGCCUUCGAACAGCUCUCCACCUACGUCCCCUGGGAAAAGCCAUAGCCGCGCACCCUCUGCAGCAAAGCCACGCAAGGGAUAA